AAGUAACUUACACAGCUACCACCCCUCACCGCUAGAGGGAGCGCGUGUCCCCGGGCAUUCGGCGUCAAUGAAAGCAAUACAAAACCCUCUGUAAGGAGAGCACAGGGAAGCUCUCCGAGGAGCCACGGCAUUCCUGACCAAAGUAAUCUUCUUUAGCACACAUUUCACGCACUAUCCUCCGUUCUCAACAGGCGGGACGCAGUGAAUAAGAGUAUGGGUCAUUAAUCGCCUUCCAAACCCAUCAGCUCGUGGAGUAUUCGCGCUGAUAGAGAUUCCUGGGAACUCCGGAGGAAGGCAAGGAAGCAAAGAAAGAACGGGAUUCAUCAAAAAGUCAGCUGGCGGGUGGAAGCGAGCAAAAGCCCACUCUGGAGGGGCAUCAGGGGCCCCUGCGCUGGAUGACCGCCGUUCACUUCUCCCCAGCGGUCAGCAAUGGGGGAGACUAAAGUUAUCUACCAUCUCGACGACCAGGAAACUCCAUACCUGGUCAAACUGCCCAUCCCUGCAGAAAGGGUCACCCUUUUGGACCUGAAAAACGCCCUCAAGAAACCAAACUACAAGUUUUUCUUUAAAUCUAUGGAUGAUGACUUCGGGGUGGUCAAGGAGGAAAUCACAGACGACAAUGCAAAGCUUCCCUGUUACAACGGCCGUGUGAUUUGCUGGCUGGUGUCAUCAGACGGCUCCCACUCAGAUGGAUGUUCAGUGGCAGAGAGUCAGUCCGAGCGGCCGCCGUCUCACGAGAGAAGCCAAGGCAUUGGCGAUUCCAGACCCCCGUCCUUCCAUCCCAAGGCUGCAGGCAGCCAGCAUGGUGUGGAUGAUGAGACGGAGACUGAUUCGGUCGUGUCACACAGGAGGGAGAGAGACAGAUCGCGCAGGAAACACUCACAUGAGCACUCUGGAGGAAGGCUGAAUGGCUACUCACGGGGCGGCAAAGUCAUGGAUCUGGGAGGUUAUGACAUCUGUGACAGCCGUUCUUCCCUCAUGAGCAGUGAACUGGAAUCAAGCAGCUGUUUUGACUCGGAUGACGGCUCCACCAGCCGUGUUACGGAGCAAAGCGGCUCAUCCAGGCUAAUGAGACGACACCGCCGGCGGAGACGCAGACCCAAAGCCCAGCAAAUGGAGAGGUCUUCAUCUUUCAGUAGCAUCACUGACUCUACUAUGUCUCUGAAUAUCAUCACUGUCACUUUAAAUAUGGAGAAGUAUAACUUCCUGGGCAUCAGUAUCGUGGGUCAGAGUAACGAGCGCGGUGAUGGAGGCAUCUACAUCGGCUCCAUAAUGAAGGGUGGAGCGGUGGCGGCCGAUGGGCGGAUCGAGCCUGGUGACAUGCUGCUGCAGGUGAAUGACAUCAACUUUGAGAACAUGUGCAACGAUGAUGCCGUACGAGUGCUGAGGGAGAUCGUGCAUAAGCCUGGACCCGUGUCACUUACUGUUGCCAAAUGCUGGGACCCAAACCCGAACAGUUGCUUUGCUUUGCCAAGGAGUGAGCCCAUCCGGCCCAUUGACCCUGCAGCCUGGGUGUCCCAUACAGCAGCCAUGACGGGCGUCUAUCCUCCCUACGGCAUGAGUCCUUCAAUGAGCACAGUCACCUCCACCAGCCCACCAGCUCCCAGCUCCAUCCCAGAGACUGAGAGAUUUGAUGACUACCACCUGUCUGUCCACAGCGACAUGGCAACAGUUGCAAAAGCAAUGGCCUGUCCAGACUCAGGACUGGAAGUUCGAGACAGAAUGUGGCUGAAGAUCACUAUAGCCAAUGCUUUCAUAGGCUCUGAUGUGGUUGACUGGCUGUUUCAUCACGUGGAGGGGUUUGCAGAUCGCCGUGAAGCACGAAAGUACGCCAGCAACCUGUUGAAAGCCGGCUUCAUCCGCCACACUGUCAACAAAAUCACCUUCUCAGAGCAGUGCUACUACAUCUUUGGAGAUCUUUCUGGCAACAUGGCCCAUCUUUCACUGCAUGAGCAUGACGGAUCCAGCGGGGCGUCUGAUCAGGACACUCUCGCUCCAUUGCUUCACCCUGCUGAAGCUCCCUGGCCCACCGCGUUCCCUUACCAGUACCCACCAGCCCAUUCCCUCCCGGAUGCAGCUCACAGCUACUCUGAAGCCGGUGGAGGCAGCGCAGGCAGCCAGCACAGCGAAGGGAGCAGCGGUUCAAACUGCAGCUGGAGCCGGACUGAGGGGAAAACCACAGCUGGAGACUUCAGGUUAGGAGGAGGAAGCGAAAUGGGAGACACACACGAGUUUGACUUCUGCAGAGACAGAGCCACCAGUGAGCGCUCGGUGCCGCCCAGUGAGGGCAGUGUGCGAAGCUCACGAUCUCACAGCUACAGCCUGAAGCAGGGAUCUGCACGAGGCGGCCCGGGGUCGCCGUCCAGCCGCCACCUCGCCAGCAUCCCCCCCGAACUCACGGGCUCACGACGCUCGUGCAACACAGCCAAUGGGGAGUUCUUCGUCGACAUCAUGUGACUGUUGCUAGAAGAAGUGCCCAAACUAUUUUUUUGCCUUGUAAAUUACAAAACAAGUGGCCUACUAGUGCAGCCGAUUAGAAUUAGGAUUAGUGCUGACCUAAAAUUCAGUAGCUUAUGAGCCCCAACAUCACUUAGGUCUUAGAAAUGAGUCUACUAAAGCAUAAGCAAACGGUUCAUGCUUACAAUAACAGAUUAAGAUGUUUUACUAAAUCUACAAAUUCACCUCAAAAUAGUUGGGAAAUGUUCUGUUGAAGAAAAUGGAAUGAUUUCCUCUUAUGGACAAAAAAGAGUGCUUUUGAGAGAAAUAGCAAUAAUUGAAUGGGAUUUAGUUACAACACUAUAUGGGUGUGAGGAUUCAAGGUGAAUGUAGUCCAACCAAGGACGUAAAUGUCAGAUUUCAACAUUUCUGUUGGCCUGUUUUAGUGCGUAUUUGGAGGUUCUUAAGCCCUUUUUACAUUUUUUCUCUCAGUCUCAUGCAGAUAUUUCAUUAUUCAUGGAAAUUGUUUUUACUGAGAAUAUAUUUUUCAGUGUUUGUCAGCAAUAUUGUAUUGGGAGAAUUUUUGAAGUACCUUGUUAAGGAGAUUUCUUUUUUUAAUUUAUAAAUAUAGUUUUAUUGUGACAU